GUCACUUACCAAUUCGAUCAUUCAUUCAUUCCUAAAAAGUUAGGUUAUGUUAUGAAGUUAUAAAUAAACAAAAAUAAUUAAUAUUAUAUUUUAAUCAGUUUAUUAGACAAAGAUUGCCAAUGGCUUUAUUUAGGAACACAUCAAUAAUAAACUUCUGUAAAACUUAUCGCCAAUACUCAGUUUUGUGUAAAAAAGUAAACACAGAUUUAUGUUAUAACAAAUCGUGUUCUGUUAUUGUGAAUACACAAAGAUGGUUGUUUUGGGAGAAAGAUAGAAAAGGCGGCUACAAUACCGAAAUAAAGAUGAGUAACUGGGAACAUCUGAAAAAUGGAUACAAGGAACUUAAAAAGGAACUGAAACUCUUCGGGCAAGAAGUUAAAGAACUGUUUGAAAUGGACCCUGUUCUUAUUGCUAGACCAGGUGAAACUGAUGUCGUCUGGUGUUUCAACGAUCCUAGUGUACUGGAUAAAUUCGUAACCACCAGCGACAGUGACCACAAUGAAGGUUUCAGUAGUUGCAGUUUUGAGAUGAGCCCAGCAGGCCGGGGCAACUUCCACGGCUAUUUAGACACAAGAGUGCCAAAAGAUGGCCGAAUUAAAAAGGCUGGCUACUGCGGAAUUCGGUCGAAAAUUAUUAGAAAAUCAUUUAAAAGGGCGACGACGUAUGAUUGGCAUCUGUACAACACUUUAGUUUUAAAAAUACGCGGUGAUGGUAGAUCCUAUCUAUUGAACAUCUCUUGCGAAGGUUACUACGAUAUCACUUGGAACGACAUUUACCACUACGUACUCUAUACUAGAGGUGGACCUUACUGGCAAAUAGCUAAAAUUCCUUUCUCAAAGUUUGUCCUGGGAUCGAAAGGGCGAUUACAAGAUAAACAAACCCGAAUUCGUUUUGACCGAGUGACGCAUUUUGGAAUUUCGUGCGGGGAUAAAAUCGAUGGUAGAUUCAAUCUUGAAAUAGAAUACAUUGGUUUAGAGUUUGAUCCUACGCAUGAUGAAGAAUUUGCCUAUGAAAUGUAUAGAACUGAUAAAUAUAUUGUUGGUGUAUAAAUCGUUA